AUGCACCUCACCAUUCUAUCCCGAAAGUUACCCACCUUGACAAACGCUCAAUUCCGCCAUGAAUUCCAGGUCGUCCACUCUGAGAAGACCACGGCUAUCGCCCAGAACAUGGGCAUUAUCCACCAGUAUGAGCAAGGUCUAGUUCUAUCAACCCUCGAUCAAUCGAGACUAGAGCAAUCCGCUCUCUCCCCCAUGGAAGAAGCACCCGACUACCAAGCCUUCGCCCGAUUGACCUGGCCCAGUCUGGAGGUCAUGCAGGGAUCCUUUUCAACGGAGGAUUACCGUCGGUCAGCUGGAGAGCAUAUCUUUGCAGAGCCAUUUCGGAUAUUUCUGACCGAGCCAUUGGGAAACGGUGGAAUAGGGCAAAUUGCGAAAGAUCGUGGCAGUAGUGAGGGGAGCACGAUCCGUUUGAUCGUCCCAAUUCAGCCCAGCCCCGUUGACGCCGCCGACACUGAAACCGAUUUUGAGAAACGGUGGGAUGAGCAUGCGACUUGUAUACGCUCGAUAAGUGCGGGGUACGUCCGCCAUCGGAGCUUAAAUGUCUCCUCACUUCGACUAGAGCAGAUAUUCGACCAGACGCAAUUCGAUCCUCGAAUUGCGGUGACCCGGGGAGGGUACGAGGAAUUUGUCUUCGAGUCGCGCGUGGCAGCAGAAGAGUUCUUCAAGCAACAUUCUCAGAGUAUUCAAGAUUCGUAUCACCGGUUUGUGGAUACGACACAGUUGGAAGUGUUUGUCUUUGAUUGUGUCACGCGCUUCGCAGCCGAUCAGCGAGGGUGGUGGCAGACAGGCGCAGGGUCGGUAAUUGGAACGGCAUUGAGGCUGAAGGUUCUUUUAGGUAGAUAA